UUGAAGUGUUCUUUUCUUCCUAGCAAAUACCUAGUUAGUUACAAAUAUUUACUUACAGACCAAGAUGAUCAGAAACGAGCGCUUGAGUUCUUGAAUGAUGCAUCGGCACGAGAUUUCCCUGCCUUUGUCAAAGAGUUGAGCGUCAUCCUUCGGGAGGAGAACUGUCAACCAUUUGCUCGCCAAGCAGCUGGCUUACAGUUGAAAAAUGUUCUAUACGCGAAGGAAGAAGAAACGCGAGCCCAGUACCUCAAUAGGUGGCUGACUCUACCGGCUGAUAUUCGCACUCAUGUCAAACUGCUCGUUGUUCAAACCCUUGGCACUGAACCUUUCCGGCCUUCGAUUGCAGCUCAAUGUGUGGCUGCAAUCGCCUGCGCUGAGCUUCCAUCCGGUCUUUGGCCAGAUGUCAUCGAUGCCUUACGUACUAGCGUUACGAAUCCUGGAAGUACAGCUUCCUUGAAAGAAUCGUCGCUUGAAACUUUGGGUUACAUCUGUCAAGAUAUUGACGCUUCAGUACUUGAACAACAAUCCAACUCGAUUCUGACAGCAAUAGUUCACGGUAUGCGGAAAGAGGAGCCUUCAUUUCAUGUUCGCCUGGCUGCCACGAAUGCAUUAUUAAAUUCGUUGGAAUUCACCAAGAAGAAUUUCGGUAUGGAGGCAGAAAGGCAUAUAAUUAUGCAAGUUGUCUGUGAGGCUACACAGUGUACCGAUACACAUGUAAAAGUCGCCGCUCUUCAAUGUCUAGUUCGAAUAAUGUCGCUUUACUAUCAGUACAUGGAGCAAUAUAUGGGAUCCGCGCUUUUUGCGAUUUCCUUACAAGCAAUCAAUUCGGAAGUGCCAGAAGUCGCUCUGCAAGGGAUAGAGUUCUGGUCUAACGUGUGCGAAGAGGAGAUUACCUUGAGCUUGGAGGCCGAGGAGAACAGGUUUCACGACAUUAUGCCAAAGGAGGGAAAGUUUGCAGAUGAAAAUGAUGACGAUGAUGAUUGGACUCCAUCGAAAGCGGCUGGUGUUUGUAUUAUGUUAAUGGCACAGUGUGUUGGCGAUGCUAUUCUCGAAUCCGUAAUGCCAUUCCUCAAGCAUUUCAGCAGUACAGAUUGGAAGUAUAAGGAAGCGGCAAUCAUGGCUUUUGGUAGUAUUCUUGAUGGACCGGAUCCCGCAAAGUUGAUGACCCUUGUCGAUCAAGCAAUGCCGGCGCUUAUUGAUAGUAUGGCGGAGAAAAAUGUGACAAUCAGAGAUACUGCCGCUUGGACAAUAGGACGAGUUCUUGAGAUUUGUCCCGAAAUUGUUAACAAGGAUGGCAUGCUGGCACGAUUGCUUCCAACACUUAGCCAAGGGCUUCACCAGGAGCCCCGCGUGGCAGCCAAUGUUUGCUGGGCUCUGGUUGCGCUUGUAAAAACAGCUUAUGAUAUUGCUUGUGGACAAGGAACCGAUAGUACUGGACAACCUGAUACCUACGCUCUUUCCCCUUGCUUUGAAGCUAUGGUUAGCGAGUUGAUCAAAACAACAGACAGAACUGAUGGUAACCAGUCGAAUUUGCGGCUUGCUGCCUUCGAAACGUUGAUGGAGCUCAUUAAGAAUUCACCAAAGGAUUGUUAUCCGGUUGUGCAGAACACUACUGUGUUAAUGCUGAAAAAGUUGGAACAGUUGUUGAAUAUGGAGGCAACUACCACGUCUAGUUCAGAUAAGAAUCAGCUUAUGGACCUUCAAUCGCUGUUGUGUGCUACGCUACAGUCGGUGCUGCGUAAAAUGCGUCCCGAAGAUGCGGCUCUUGUUGGAGAACAUGUCAUGAAUGGUCUUGUACAAAUAAUGAAUCGUACAUCCAACAACAAAGGUGGUGGAAGUGUGAUGGAGGAAGCGCUCCUGGCGGUCUCUGUCCUCGCAGAAACACUGAACAAUGGUUUCAUCGCUUACAUUGAUGCAUUGAAACCUCAUCUCAUGAGGGCUUUGGCUAAUCAUGAUGAGACACAGGUAUGCGCUGCAGCAGUUGGACUGGUGACUGACAUGUGCCGUGCCAUCGAAGUGAACAUUGCUCCAGCCCUUGAUGAUAUCAUGAAUACGCUUGUUCAGAGUCUGCAGAGCCCGCGGCUUGAUAAGGAUGUGAAGGUGACGAUUCUGGGAUGUUUCGGUGACAUUGCUCUGGCGAUCGGGGUACAUUUCGAGCGUUACGUACAUAUUGUGAUGUCCAUGCUGGCAGAGGCUUCAUCAGCAGCUAUUGUCACAAAUCCCCAAGAUUACGAUCAGGUGGAUUAUGUGGAUAAGCUGCGAGAGAACUGUAUCAUGGCUUAUACAGGAAUCCUCCAAGGAAUAUGCUGUGAAACUCAACCAGUGGCUCCAUCAGAUGGCCUUGUUGCCUCAGUAGCUGGUCUGAUUGGUGAUCUCGUUGUGUUGUACGGUUCUCAAAUCACUCCGGAACUCUCCAAUGAAAAGGUGACGCUUCUUGAUCGAGGACGAAAAAGUCGCACAUCGAAAACGAAAUCGGUGGCGAUAUGGGCGAGAAAGGAGAUGCAAAAGGCGAUGAACGCGGUUACGCCAGCGCCUUGA